AAACAUGUCGGCUAAACAAACUGACAGAAAUAAAUGGAGACGCAGAAAGUAUUCCAAAUCCACUGAUGAUGAUAAUGACUGCGCUAGUCUAGCUUGGCUCCUCAACUUUAGAUUGGAUGAAAUUGUUAACGUCAAAGUGCCUGAUGAUGAACCUGAGUUGAGGGAAGAUGUGAUUCCUGAUACGCCUCCCGCGCCGAGGAAGCCGCCAUACACUUACCCGGAGUUGAUAGAACGAGCGUUGAGAGAAAAAGGGGAGUUGACUGUGUCAGCGAUUUACCAGUGGAUCUCGGACCGCUUCCCUUUCUACAAGGCAAAUGACGAGCGUUGGAAGAACUCGGUCAGGCAUAACCUCUCCAUCAACCCUCAUUUCCGCAAAGGCGCCAGGGCUCCACAAGGCGCUGGUCAUCUGUGGUCAUUAGCUGCUAAUGCCAUCGACCUGCUACCGUUAAGAAAUAACCCUCCUGAAGAAGACAGGACGAGGGAAACUGUUCAGUUGACCAGGAUUAUUGGGUGUCCAAAGGUCAUAGUAUUAGAUGAAGCCGCUAUAGCAGCGGCAAGUAUUCUCCCAGACCAGGAUUUAUUUACUGGUGGUACAAUGUUCCUGAACCCAGUGUCGACGGAGCAAGUUGUCCGAGAGUGCGGUCUCAUCACGGCCGACUAGAACGCCUCAAGUGUCAAUUUAAGGUGAACGCAUUAGCCGCAUCGCACGCACCGCAGCAAUGUUGUCGAUAUAACUAAAGUACGUCCAAAGCUCUGCAAGCGUUAAACAAAAAAUCCCAUUCUUGCCGUUCCUGUGGAAAUUUUAAAGAAAUACUCUGUUAGUGCACUUUUUUAUUAUAUAUGGGACAAAUUACACUGAUUGAGUUAGCCUCAAAGUAAGUUCGAGGCUUGUGUUACGCGAUACUGACUCAACGAUACUAUAUUUUAUACUAAAUACUUAUACAGAUAACAUCCAAGACCCAGGACAAUCAGAAAAAUAUCUUUUCUCAACAUGCCCUGGCAGGGAUUCGAACCCGGGACCUCCGAUGUCACAGGCAAGCGUACUACCGCUACGCCACAGAAGUUGUCAAACUUUUAGACUACACAAGAAAUUUACAUGUUAAAUUUCUAGACCCAGAUAUUUGACAUGUGCGUUGUUAAUCAGUCAGUCAGUAACGGAAAAGUUUUUUAUAAAGGUACAGAUAAUGAUAAAAAAAAUUACGGGCACUAACCCGUCUUGCAGUACUUUAACAAAAGCGACCAUUUUGGUGACUGCGGUGCGUGAGGCGUGGCCAAGUCUACGUUCAUCUUUAGGUUAAACAGCGGUUGAGACGAAACUGGGCUCAUUUUGUUCGAUUGUUUGAUGUUUAUUUUUAUUAAGGUUCUAGUCUAUAUUUGU